AUGUAUAUUGAGCUAACACUAAUAUUAUCAAGUUAUUUUAACGAAGAAUUUGGUGAUUUUCUUGUAAUAAAAGCCAUUUCAACUUCAAAUUCUAGAAAAUUAACAUCCGGUUGCAAAUUAUAUAGGUACGUUAUGCUUCUCACCGUAGCUGUAGUAGACGCUGAGUCAACGAUGGUGUGA